AUGAACAGUCCAUGGUCAUCUGAUAAAGGCCAUGUUGUCAUAGGUUACAUAGACCCGGACCGAGGUGGCUUGUGUUCCUCAACGAGCUCUGGAACUGUCUUGUGUUUUCAGGAGGAGGGUCUGAGGAAAGGUGGCGAGGCCAAGUACGCACACCUGUCUAUGGAGCUGCAUGUCUUCAUAGAGGUGUUUGCCCCCGUGCCCGAGGCUUACCUACGUAUGGCGCACGCCAUGGAGGAAGUCAAGAAGUUCCUGUUUCCUGACAUGAUGGAUGACAUCUGUCAGGAACAGUUCAUGGAGAUGGGUUAUCUGAACGGGGGCCAGGAGCACGGGCCAGGGGCCCCACGAGGCAGAGGAGGACCACCGGGCCCAAGGAGCCGAGGAGGGCCUCCAGGACAACCAGGGGCACCCAGGGGUAGGGGUAUUCCCCAACGUGGAGGUACCACCAGGGGAGGUCCAGCAAGAGGCGGGGUAGCGAGGGGGGCACCAGCAGGAAGAGGAACCCCUGCCAGAGGGGCAACAACGCCCCGAGCCAGACUCGCUGCCCCUGGUGGGCCUCCAAGAACCCUUCCUCCCCCCCACCAACACGCCACAGCACCGGAACAAUAUGAGGAAUAUGCCUAUGAUGAGAGCUACACUGAGCCAGCGUACGAGUCAUACGACAGUUACUACAGUCAGCCACAGGCAGAGCCAGAGUACUACGACUACGGACACGGAGAAACACAGGAAGCCUACGAACCCUAUGCCCAGGACGGCUGGAACGGGACCCAGAGAGCGGCGCCGGGGGGUAAGGCCCCCACUGCCAGAGCGGCUAAGGGCCCUUACCGAGAACACCCCUAUAGACAAUACUGAACUCAUCACCGUGCCAACGCCUAGCGACCAACGCUACCACCGUUAACGCGUUGCACCGACAACCAACCAUCAACCUGUCUACCACGGCAGCUCUUGCUCUAAGCAACCCUCGACAAAAGUAAUUGUCCGUUUUUGGUUUUGGUUUGGAAUUUUCUACACUGGACUUUUAUGAGCUGAAUAUCAGGAUCAUAACUGAUCGAAGCCUAUUUGAUAUUUAAUUCAGACCGUUUUUAAUUAUUUUUUUUGGAUGGGAGGGGGGGGAUUUGACGUUUGAGUUUUCUGUUUUUCUCUCUGACCCUCUGACCCUCUGACCCUGUCUCCCUCUGACCCCGUCUCCCUCUGACCCCGUCUCCCUCUGACCCCGUCUCCCUCUGACCCCGUCUCCCUCUGACCCCGUCUCCCUCUGACCCCGUCUCCCUCUGACCCCGUCUCCCUCUGACCCCGUCUCCCUCUGACCCGGUCUCCCUCUUGGCUUUUCUUUUGCGCUGUUGACCUUUUUUUACGGGUUUUUUAUUUUGAAUGUUUGGAUUUAAACUCACUUCUAGUGGAGUUAGACGACUUGUUGUUGUCGCCUUUUAAAGGGACAUUUCAAAAAGGCUCUACGUCGUAUUCAUCAUCUCCAGUUCAACAUAUGUGAACAUGGUACGUUUCUACGUUUUUGUAAGUUUAAAAAAAAUACAACUGUUUCCGAUCACGACGUCUGUGUGCAACUAAUUGGUUGAUGUUAUUGGAAACUGUUAUCUUAUUUUCACAAGUUGAUGUUGGUUCUGGAGAUGAUGAAUAUGAAGUAGAACCAUUCAUUAUUUUGUUUAAAACUAUUCAUUUGAGGGACAGUUGCAGAUUCCCAUUUAGGCUACAUUUUCAAAGAUUUAUUUUUAUUUUUUUAAAUAUAGGAAAGUAAAAGAAACGUAAACACUGUUAUGUAAUAUAGACCAAACAUAAAACGCCAAGUCAAAGGAAACAGGAAAAACAAACAAAUGUUUAAUGGAAUUUGAUUUAGUAAUCCCAUUUGUUUUAAAUAGUUUUUAAUUAAAAGUUGGCAAUGUAGACUUUUUUUACAUAAUGAAAUUUUCUCAUUGUACAUUUAGAGUUUUGAAAUAUAGGCCUGAUUAUCCCCUGUUGAGAUGGACUGUCCUCACAUACUACUUUUUUUGGUAUUUUUGAUUAAAGUUGAUUCAACAAUAAAUUCAUUUUUAUUAUGUC